AUGGGCCCUGCCGUCCCCGUGGUCCUGCUGCUGCUUUUGCUAGGGUCUUGCCAAUACUCUUUUACCAAAAAGAAAAGUUUGCAAUUAGUGUGUGGACGACCUGUAUACCAUGGACGUAUUGUGGGUGGCCAGGCUGCUGCCUUGGGGCGCUGGCCUUGGCAGGUCAGCCUGCAGGUUGACCAGACCCACAUUUGUGGAGGUUCCCUCCUCAGCGACCGCUGGGUACUGACGGCAGCACACUGCGUAAAAAAGACCUGGUAUGCUCUUUUCUACACUGUGUGGCUUGGAUCCACUGAUGUAAACUACUCAAGUAAAGGCAAGGAAUACUACGUGUCCAGAAUCGUCAUCUACCCCAAACGGGACGGUUUUUUAGACGGAGACGUUGCCCUGCUGAGACUGUCUUCCCGGGUCACCUUCACAGAUGUCAUUCUGCCCAUUUGCUUGCCCAGGGCCUCAAAGCAGCACGCACUCCCAGCUUCUUGCUGGACGACUGGAUGGGGACAAAAUAAGGAAGGUAUGGGAGAGAUGGGUGGAGAGAGGGAUUGACUGAUGAAUUAAUUAACUAAUUAAUUAGUUAAGUUAGUUUGUGUAGCCCAGGCAGGCCUUAAACUUGCCCAAUAGCCAAAGCUAGCCUUGACCUCAUGCUCCCUUAUCUCCUGGAAUUAUAGGUGUAUGCCACCGUACCUGGUUCUAGCUAAUAUUUUUCAACUAGAUCAAAGCAAUCUACAAGUCUUCAAAUAAAAUAUCCUUUUGAUAUUUACCUGUUUGUUUACUUUUAUAUCAUGCCUAGAGUCUGACUAGA